AUGAUCAACUUUUCAACAUCAAAUAGGCUUCGCAUCAUGAAUACAUUCUUCAUGAAGCCUGAAAAAAGAUUAUGGACUUGGAAAAGCCCGAACGGAGCAGUAAAAAAGCAGAUUGAUUAUGUGUUUCCCAACGAUUUUCAAGAUGUUAGCGUAAUCGGUGAAAACAUCAUUGCCACGAACAGUGACCACAGAAUGAUUCGAAGUACCAUCAUAAUAGACAAUGCAUUGGAAUCCAGAAUACUUGCAAAAGGCGGCCGAAUCGGUUUCGCGAUUAUUCUGGUCCCAAUUUUACUGUUCACCGCAAUGAACACGGCAUCCGAAAAGGAAUCCGGAAUGAAGCGGCCGUACCAAAUGUCUAUGCAGACACUCACAUUGAAGGAUGGAAGCAUAAUCAGAAUCUGA